AGCAGGCCCAAUUUUUUUUUCAGUCAUGUACUGUAUACGCUUCCGUACAUCCUGGUACGGUGGUGCGUUACGUGCUGUUCUACGUAUUUGCAUACCUCAGUGAAAACAGCAUUGCAGUAAUUCAGGCUUAUAUAUGUACAUCAAAUAUGGCGGAAGCCGUUGUAGAUUCUAGACCGACUUCUGCGAAGUAUUUUUGCCACAAAUGCUCGACAGAAAUCGCCCCAGAACUGCCUGAUUUCACAUGCCCUAACUGCCAUGGAGGAUUCAUAGAAGAAGUAGGAGAAGGUGCAGAUCAAGAAAGAACAUCAGACUCCAGCGAUGAUCUAGGGGCCGAGGGGAAUGACAUAUUUGAUUCUGGGCUCGCUUUCACUUCACUAUGGCAUCACUUGGGUGUCCCAGAUCUUUCAAGAUCACAGUCUGGAUCCAAUCAAGCAAGCAGCAGCAACCGCAGUGGCAACAGCAGCAACAGCAGCAGCAUUGGUGGCAGUAACAGUAACCCAGCCACCAGCGGCAACAAUCCCCGGGGCAACAGCACCACGAUAAGCCUCGGGGGCAGCAAUAGCCCCAUCCGGUUACAUCACUUAGGGCCCACUAGGGGCCCGUCGAGGUUCACCCUGCAGCGCAUGGGACUUAGAGACAACAGAGCAGACCCGGCAGCUGACAUGAUCACAAUUCUGCAACAUUUACUAGGACUUGGCAACCCUUUGUCACAAGCACCCGGAGGGUUCAUCUUUCCAGUUCACAUGCUAAAUCUUCAUGGCAACCCGCGAGACUAUGCAUGGGGAGAAGGCGGCUUAGAUGCCAUCAUUACCCAGUUACUAAAUAAUGUUGAAGGGCAGGGCCCAUCACCUGCAACCCAAGAGGACAUCGCCAAGCUGGAGACAACUAAAAUCAGCAAUGAGCAUACAGGUGAGGUCUUCAUCAUCUUAGAAAUUUUUUAUCUGAACCCCUACUAA